GCGCCCUCGGUGUUAUAUAAUUCAACGAUCCAAAAGUAGAAUAUGAAGCUUUUGAACAAAGUCUUGGAAAAAAAUGGCUGUCGAAACAAAGUCGGAGAUCGCGCUCAAACCAAACCACCUCCAUAAAUAAUGAAAGGAUUAAUUUCCACACGCAUGAAUGAAAUACAUGCAAACAACACUUUAUCGUGUACUAAAAAUUCAUAAACAAAUGACCUACCAUAUCUCGUGUACAUUAUUGCUGAAUAUCUCUAAAAAGCCUGUUUUUCAUGUCUAUAGGAUAUAACAUUGUGAUAUACAAUGACUAAUCAUGGCUUUGUAUCACUGUUGUACAGCAUCGGUGAUAACCCAUUGGAAUUAUGGUCGAAAUACGUUUCCUCGGAAGGACGGGUCAGGAGAAUUGAGGAUGACAUAUUGAACGGUGAUAGGGUUAUAGAAAUUCGUGGACCAGAUGAUUCAAACUUUCUCACCAACAUUUCUUGUCCAGAUAGUCCUAUCGAUUGUCUAAAUAUUAAGCUUCCAGUUUUAGUCGUUAUUAUGAAGAAUCUCAAAGCAAGAUUCAGAAUGGAUUUUCAGUUAAUAGACACCGAAGGUAUACGACGAAAAUUUUUCGUCUCGACUUACGAGCUAAGCAACAAAGGUACAAUGGUUGAAAACAACACAGCAAGAAUAAUUGUCAAAUUGGAGGAAGAUUGGAACAAUUUGGAAAUAGAUUUAAGAACUUGGUGCCAAACUAUUUUUCGUACAGAGUACAAAAAUCUUCAACGGCUGAUUAUUUAUCAGAAUUGCCGUUUGCGAAGAGUUUAUCUUCAAGAUCGACAUUACGAAGCUCAUGAAACACCAAUUGAACUUUGUCAAGCUUUCUUCGACAUGUACUUAUUGAAAUGGGGGAUUCAUAAUGUGGAUAAAAAUUGUCAAACGAGUGGUACUUUUAUCAGUGUCACGAAUGAUGAGGCCCUGCUCGUACCGACGGGCUCUCCGAUGUCGGAAGUUCGGCAGAGCACAAAAUCAUUGCCAGUUAACCAAAAACAGUCAAACGCGAAGAAAAAUUCGGCACCGAAGGCGAAACAAUGUACCGCCGCAUUGAAGGAAAACGUUGAUAAUUUUAUGAAAAAUCUUUCCACCGCUCGAAAAGUCAAGAUUUCAAGAGCCGAAACAGCAAGAAGAAGUAAAACCACUUCGUCGGUAACGAAUGGUGAAGUGGGGAGAAAAAUCUGCUCGGCCAAGGAAAAAACAGAGAAAAAAUCAAAAAACGAGGACUCGCAGGAGGGACAAAUAUUUCGAAAAUGGCCGUACAAAUAUUUGCAACUUGAAAAAAUUGACAAUAGAGCUAAUAGAUUGAAGAGUUUCUCGCAGCCAAAUUCGAUAAUCGGUCAAACGAAAUUUCCCAGUUUAGAAAGAACGUUGAAUCGUCCUUUCCCCAAGAUCCAUUUGCCGAAAAUAUCGAUCGAAAUUCCGUUACCCCCGGAAAUAGAAAAAGUCUUGGAGGAGGCAAACGAAAAUUUGAAAGGCAAUAUUUCAACUACGAGAAGCAGACUUUUGGCGACCGACGAAGCGGUUCAUAAUUAUCUAGAAUUGCGUCACGUUAUCAACCGUAAAAUGUUGGAAAGUUUCCAGACUCGUGGACUCACCAUGACCGAGGUCGAACUUUCUAUCUACAAUUCGAAAAAGCGUCAAAAUUCUUAUGGCCAGAAUAAACUCCUCGAGAAGGGUAGAACGAGCGUUGAAAAAGCUUGCGACGUUAUAACCGACGAGCAAGAAACAAUAAAAAAAUCGAAAUAAAUUACCAAAAU